AUGGAGGCUGUCAAUGACACAAAGAAAUUCCUUAACUCUCAAUUUAAAAUGACAGAUCUGGGGGAGCUCAGAUACUUCUUGGGCAUUGAGGUAGACAGGAGUGAAAAGGGGAUUUUCCUAUCUCAGAAGAAAUACAUUACAGACAUUCUUGAGGAGUAUAAAAUGUCUGGCUGCAAACCAUUAAAACUUCCCAUGGACACUCAUGUGAAGCUUCUCUCAACUGCAGGAGAGUUACUUCCUCACCCUGAGAAUUAUCAAAAGUUGAUAGGUAAAUUAAUCUAUCUUACAAUCACUAGACCUGACAUUGCUUUUACAGUUCAUGUUCUUAGUCAGUUCAUGCACUCACCUACCUCUGUUCAUUUUCAAGCUGCUAAGAGGGUACUGAGGUAUUUAUCUGGCUCAAAGGAUCAAGGCAUAUUACUUGCUUCUAACUCAGCAGCUGAACUCCAAGCAUACUGUGAUAGUGAUUGGGCUGGUUGCCCUAAUACCAGACGAUCAACAUCUGGUUUCUGCCUUAUCUUGGGCAAUUCUCCUAUAGCAUGGAAGUCUAAAAAACAAUCAGUUGUGGCUCGGUCAACGGCUGAGGCAGAAUACAGGUCAUUAGCUAUGACAGUUUGUGAAGUUUUGUGGGUGAAACAAUUGCUGAAGGAUCUCGGCCUCACUCACCUGGGUUCUACUCCUAUUUUCUGUGACAACAAAGCAGCUCUAGCAAUUUCUGCCAACCCAGUCCAUCAUGAGAAGACAAAGCAUGUGGAGAUUGAUUGCAAUUUUAUUCGAGAGAAAGCAGUGAGUGAUCAAAUUUCUCCUACAUAUAUCCCUACAUCCGAGCAAGUGGCUGAUGUCUUUACCAAAAUCCUCACUGUAGGACAGCAUAAAAUUCUGCUCGACAAGCUUGGCGUUCAUGUUCCAUCACACUCAGCUUGA